UCCGGGCGCGGGAUCAGUCAGCACCGAGGCCCCGGCCUGAGGAGCGGCCCCCGGCUGCGGGGAGAAUCGGUGCGGUCCCCGGCGGCGGGAGCGCAUCGAAUGCACGGAUUGACCGGUGAGAGGAAGGGUCCCGACCCGGACAGAUCUUUACCUGUUAAUUUAUGGUCAACUCUUUUUACAGGGUAGAAGAAGCAGAGGAUUGAUGUUCAGGAAUCUCCAACUCGUUUAUUUCACCGGCGCCUGAACGUGUGGGAGGAUUCACUGCGUCAGCUGAUCCGCCCGGACGCCAGACAGGUCACAGCAUGGAGAAAUUACUGGCCAGCUCUGAGUGUGGGCAGGGAUUAAACCAAUCUUCCCACAUGUUGACCCGACAGCAAGUUCACACUGUGGAGAAACCGUUUACCUGUCCCGAUUGUGCGAUGGGAUUCACUCGAUCAUACCAACUGAAGAGGCAUCAGCAUAUUCACACAGGGGAGAGGCCGUUCACUUGCUCUGAGUGUGGGAAGAGAUUCAUUGAAUCAUCUGAGUUACAGAUACACCAGCGAAUUCACACUGGAGAGAGGCCAUUCACCUGCUCUGAAUGUGGGAAGGGAUUUACUCGUUCAUCUCAGUUACUGAGACACCAGAUAAUUCACACGGGGGAGAGGCCGUUCACCUGCUUUGAGUGUGGGAAGGCAUUCUCUCACUCAUCUGCGUUACUGAGACACCAGAGAAUUCACUCUGGAGAGCGGCCGUUCACCUGCUCUGAGUGUGGGAAGAAAUUCACUCAAUCUUCUAACAUGAAGGCCCACGAGCGAAUUCACGCUGUGGUGAAACCAUUUGCCUCCCAACCAUGGGUAGAGUUUCACCUGUAAGCCUAAUUCAUGCUGGGGAGAGGGCAUAGUGGGAAAGUUUAAAUAUGUUUCUGGUUUGUUUAGAGUACGUGCACCGACCAACGAUUCCCGCAUAUUAACACUAUCCUACACCCACUAGGGACAAUUUUUUUACACAAGCCAAUGAACCUACAAACCUGUAUGUCUUUGGAGUGAGGGAGGAAACCGAAGAUCUCGGGGAAAACCCACGCAGAUCACGGGGGAAAACGUACAAACUCCGUACAGACAGCACCCGUAGUCAGAAUAGAACCUGGGUCACCGGCGAUGCAUUCGCUGUAAGGCAGCAACCCUACCGCUGCGCCACCGUCAUUAAUUGAAUUGAAUAGAUCUUAUUAGCCAAGCAUGUGUAUAUAAAAAUAAUUUGCCUUUGUUGUUAAAUCCUGUUGCGUCCACAAGUGACUGCUGGUGUUGGACUAUGGUUACUGCUGAUAUAUUACUACACAUAUCGUGGAUAUGUGACAAUAGUGCUGGAGUAACUAAGCGGGUCGGGCCUCUUUGUUUCUGUAAUGCCAGUUGCCCUUGUAACUGCUGGAGUUUAAUAUUUUGGAUUGGUGUAAAAUAAAUCAGUUCUGCUUUAAA